UCUUCUGAUCCACUUCCCGAGAACCAAGGGUUUUCUCGUUUUCUCAUUCGUUUUCGUAGACAUUAGUUAAAGACUUGAAGUAGAUACUUGGAUCCUUUUCUGGUAUUUGGAGUUGUACUGCUUUUCGAGGGUCCUUCGGAAUAAUUUCUACCAUACAAAAAGAUGCUGGGUACGCAUGCAUGACUGUCGCACCGCAAAUCUCCGAAUAUUUAUAUUGGAGAAUACCACGUUCAUACGAAAUCCCAAAAGCGUGGUACAAUCUGCAGGUUUCCGAAGAGCCAACACACAAGGAAUGAAUGAUAUGUCGGAAGCUUUUUUUGGUGUUCUAGUGUUCUUCUCCUAAGUCUGAGAGAAGAGAACAUUCACUUUUUCAACUGACCUUCCUAAAACGAACAUCAUCUUUUCUGAGUUACAUCAACCACACCACAUGCAAAUAAUUUAUUUUGAUCAAUGUCUGACACACACCUGAUUCUGAAGACAUACACUUCGUUCAUCAAACAUCCUUCUUAUCGACCGCAGAUUUUCUAAGCCUCUUGAUUGAGUAGCAUCAGCCAUACAUACCACGUUCGUUUCCAUUGCAAACAUUGAAUACUAAAGAGAGGCUUAGCAACGACAGCAAGUAUUUUCAGAUUUAUAGUCGAAGUCAUCAACUUUGAAAUAUCAAGGAAAGCUUGACACGAAAAAAGAUUUGAGAGUAGGCACCUGUUACCUUCAACUAAGGCUUUACUUUGAGAGUUCUACGACUGAGCAAGUUUAUUCUUGGAUGGAAACUACUCUUUCCUAGAAAGUCCACAUCUUGUGGGAGAGCGACUUCCAAAUUUGGUGUUAGGAAAUUCGCGAACAUAAAAAAUCUUUUCCUCACCUUCAUUUCUCUCAAUAAAAAGAUUAUUGCAAUAUCUGCCUUCUACACAGCCUUUUCAGAGUCUGAAGGGAUUACCUCCUUGUUACAUGCAGACUUGUGAUUUGUAUCAACUUCGACAAGAGGGAUUUCCAAACACAAUAUACGAUUACUCUACCAAAAUUCACAUACAAUUAAAAAUCAAUUUCAACAUGGCGAUAUCAUUCUUCAACUCCUGGCAGCUGUGGGAAAAGAUGACAUUUGUAAGUUUCCUUUUGCAAACGUUUGUAAUAAGCCAGCUAAUUCAUGUCAGGUUUUGGGAUGCGCCAUUGUAGCAGUUUUUUGCGUGGGAUACAUCAAAUUGUUAUGGACAAACAGAAUAGUUGCAAGACAGGAGAUUUUAGACGAGGAAAAGCGUAUCAAGAUCCAAGAAUUGCGGCAAAGUGGACAGUUUGUCGAGACAAGCAAAGAUUCUGAUGUCCCCUUUGGCGUUCGCGCCAUUCAAAGUGGUAUUCAAGUGGAUGGAAUCUGGAUUUCUGGAACAAAUACUCCUGUUCCCAGCAUCAAACUCCAUCGUCAUUCAUCCUACGAGCCUUCUACUCCAGAUUCGACCUCUAACGCACACGCAUCUCCCGAUGGUUACAAUCAUCCGACGCCACCCAAGAAUGGCCAACCAAACUUCCGAUGUAGCGAAUCUGCGAUACUUCCGAGCCACAGAAGUGUGAGUGACGAUGAUACUAUUGCCUCGGAUCCUCGUAGCUCUUCUCGGCAACGAGCAACCUACAAGCCUACAAGAUCGUCACAACUACGUUUUGGAACAGUCGGAGAACAUCAAUAUGAUGAGGAGACACUUGAGCAUCUCGAAGGUAAUGCAGAAACUGGUAGAGUUUAUACUCAUAGACCUCGUGGAGCUCGCCAAUCCGAUGAAUCAAUUUCUGAUGCUGCUGCCGCUGCUGAUAACGAGCGCUCAUCCGGAACUUCUGAUGAGUCUGAUGAAACAUUUUCUCGUGUUAAACACCCGCAACCUAACCGCCCGUUCAAUUAUCCUACUCGAACUCCGUCUCCAGAAGUUUUGACGCCAGCAUUCCCUUCAUUCUCUCAUCAGCCAACCACCAAAGGCAAGGGUCAAUAUUCAUCAAUUCCUCUUUUUCCUGAGGAUGAGGAAUCCAAUCCAUUUUCAUCGGGUCAUAUAAGCACAUAUGGCUCCAACCGUCAACCAGUUGAAGAUCAACGAUAUACUGAUAAUAACAUCGAGUCCCGAGCUCCUCUUUUGAAAACUCGCUCUCCAUCUUCUCAAUUCAUACCUGGAGAACUCCAUCAAAAUAAGUUGGUCAGGAAGGUCAAUUCUGGUUUUGAGAUUUUACCAGCAGGCACAUUUGGUACUCAACCAACCCUGGAUUUGAAGGGAAAAGCUGUUAAUCGCCAUGAGGGUUGGAAUGUCAAUAACUUAGACCAUGUUGCACCACUACAUCCAAACAAAUUACAGAAAAAGACGAGAUUUUCGAUGAUUUCGCUGCCGUCCAGAAGAACGAUGGGUUAGUGUAGUGGACAGAGUAUGGCGAUACUAGUUGGUAGUCCUUGAUGAAUGAAUGAUAGAUUACGCACGGAGUAAAUGGUGGACAAUGCAAUCGAAGCAUCGACGGCGUUACAUAUUAUGGAGAUGGUGUUGCAUCAAAUUUGACUGGUCAGUAACAGAGCCAUUUUCAAUAUUUCAUGCCUAACUAAGGAACGUUGGUAUGAUAAGGGUGGAGAUAAAUUUGCUUCGGGGAAAGGAGAACUUGGAAAGAAAAAAAUAAUCAUAUUGCUUAGGUCGUCUAGCUUAAUGAGUAACGAGAGAUGUACAAUAAGAAAUGAGAAUUACAUGCUCAAGAUUCAUUUCAUCAACGUUGGGGACCCUAUGUAUAUUUUAGUUUAGUUUGUCCGUGAAGCUUCAAAUUCGGAUUUUCUCCAUAUAUUCAAAGAUUAGUACC